AUGAAUUUUCUUAGUGUUGUUCAGAAGCUUCUGAUUGAGAAAACAGAUUUAGAAAGAAAUCUUAGAAUAUCGAAUGAAAAGCUUUCUUCGGCCCUUUCCGAGUGUAAUGCAAAGGAUAAUAUUGCGAAAAAACAGGUGAAAAUUGCAGAGGAAGCUAUUGCAGGUUGGGAGAAGGCGCAGAUUGAAGCAAUAUCUUUGAAACAAGAACUCGAUAAGGUUUUACAAAAGAAAGCUACUUCCGACGAAAGAAUAGGCCACUUGGAUGCAGCGUUGAAGGAAUGUAUGCUGCAAUUGCGUUUCGUAUAGAAAGAGCAGGAUAAGCGAGUUCAUAGUGCAAUGGUGAAAAGAUCGGAUGAGUUUGAGAAAAUAACAAUUGCGUUAAAUGAAAAGUUAGCAGACUCGGGUAAGAGGCUCGCAAAAUUAGGUGCUGAGAAUACUCAGCUAAGUAAAUCUCUAUCAGGAAAGGAGAAGGUGAUUGAGGAUUUAAGCAAGUACAAAACUCAAAUCGAGGCUGAUUUUAGUGCUCUUAUGUCGAGAGUAGAAUCCACCGAAAAGGAAAACACAUCUCUGAAAUACGAGCUUCGUGUUCUCGAGAAGGAGCUUCACAUUCGGAAUGAAGAAAGAGAAUAUACUCGCCGAAUGGCCGAUGCUGCCCAAAGGGCGAAAUUGGAAACGAGUGUCGAACCGUGUAAAUACUUACAUUUCUUGCAAGAACACUCUUUGGUAUCUGCUUCGUCUGAUGUGGGCAGCGAAGAUAAAGCCAGCUGCUCCGAGUCUUUGGCUUCUCACAGAAACAUGGGAGCUUCAGAUGAGUCUUAUGUAUGA